AUGGCCACCAACACCAUGACCCCUCUUCUUCACACCGCCACUGUACACCAACGCCGAGCAACCAUUAACAGAGCUCACAUGUUCUUUCAUUUCAUUUUCAUCCUCCUCUUGUUAUACUAUCGUAUCUCCCCUCUCCUCCAUACCACCACCGAGGAGAACUUUUCUCUCACUUCAUGGAUUCUCAUUCUUGUUUCUGAGCUCACCCUCUCCUUUAUCUGGACCUUGGCUCAGUCGUUCCGAUGGAGACCAGUGACUCGCUCUGCGUUCCCGGGAAGACUUCCCGGAGACAAAGCGUUGCCGGCGAUAGACGUGUUUAUAUGCACUGCUGACCCAAAAAAAGAGCCGACCCUAGAGGUGAUGAACACAGUUAUAUCUGCCAUGGCCCUGGACUACCCGCCGGAGAAGCUUGCUGUUUAUCUUUCCGAUGAUAGUGGCGCUAAGGUUACCUUGAACUCCAUAAAAGAAGCUGCAGUGUUUGCAAGUUCGUGGGUUCCAUUUUGCCGGAAGUACGGUAUGAAGAGUCGGUGUCCGGAGGCUUACUUCUCGGGUUACGCCGGCCAAGAUGACCGGACUAACUGCAGCGAUGAAUUCAACGACGAAGAAGAAAACAUCAAGUCAAAAUACGAGCAUUUGAAAAACUUUGUCAAAAGUGGCAGCGGCUCCAGCACUGCCGUUGAAGAUGUUAACACCACCACGGGUCAAGGCCGUGACCCAUUUGUUCAGAUAAUUCUAGACAAGAGAGGGAAUGGAGAUAACAAUGAGAUGAAGCUGCCACUCCUUGUCUAUGUUUCUCGUGAAAAAAAACCAUUAUAUCCUCAUCGCUUCAAGGCCGGAGCUCUCAACACCCUUCUUCGAGUGUCUGGGAUCAUUAGCAACGCCCCUUACCUGCUGGUUUUGGAUUGCGAUAUGUACUGCAACGAUCCAACCUCAGCUCGACAAGCAAUGUGUUUCCAUCUCGAUCCUAAGAUGUCUCAUUCAUUAGCAUUCGUUCAAUUCCCUCAAAUAUUCUACAACGUUAGCAAGAAUGACAUCUACGAUGGCCAAUCAAGAUCCGCGUACAAGACUAAGUGGCAAGGCAUGGAUGGCUUGAACGGACCUGUUUUGUCCGGCACUGGAUACUACAUCAAGAGGAUUGCAUUGUAUGGAAGCCCUACGCAAAAAGAAUUCUCUCACCCUCAACCCACGCUGGACUUUGGCCACUCGGACAUGUUCAUUGAUUCACUACGUAGUAACAAUGGGGAGCGUGGCAACAAGGGAGAAUCAUCGGAGGAGUUAGUAAAAGAAGCUCAGUUUUUGGCAACUUGUACCUUCGAGAAGGGCACGCAAUGGGGUUCUGAGGCAAGCCCUAAUCCUUUAAAUAUGUUAUAG